GUUUUUAGAAGAUUGUUCAGAAAAGCAAAAGAAUUGCGUUUUGUCGAAGAGCGUAUCUCCUUAAUGAUAUAUCUCGAGCGGCCAAUACAGCGAGUGUCAGUGAGUUGGCAGUCUUCGCGCGGAAUUCGCACCAAACGGUUGAGUCAAAAUGAUAAAUAUUUAGGAAAAUAAAAAUCAGGCAAAAGUUGAUUUAAAUUUCUUAAGGUUGAAAGUUAAAAAUUACUUCAAUUGAAAUUUCAAUAAAGUGUUUAUUAUUUUAAUGAAAUUUUAAAGAAUUUUGUGCAAUAAAUUUACAAAAUCACCAUUAAUAAAUAAUUGUUCGCAGAAAAGAAAUAUUUAUGGAUAUUGCUGUGCCGAAAGCUGUUUGAAAUUCUUUGAAAACUUGGCGUGGUGUUUUCAAAAUACCACCCACAAAUCGUUUUAAAAGUGUAGAAUUUAUUUGUUUUGCUGCAAAUAUCAAUUUUUUAUCACUCAAAGUUAUAUAAUCGCACUGACAACAAAGCUUUUUCGCUCUUGGACGUCAACAAUGGAUUCGGAUAAAGUUGUGCGCGCCAUGGCGCGUUGGUGGCAGACCGUCAGUCAAGAGGACAAUGACCCCAACGCGCGUAAUCCAAUGCUUUAUGAUCCGUUGCAGGAUGGUGCGGUACGAACCUCCAAAAAGAUGCAAUAUGUUGCAGCGCUGAUUGUUUGCCUCGGUGCUGUAGCUGCUGGUACAGCAUUAGCAUGGACAUCGCCAGUGUUGCCACAAAUAAGCGCACCAACUGUUGAAGUAAGCAAGGACACAAACGCCACCAUUACCAAUACGACCACAACCACAACAACGCCAGCGACGCCAGCAGCGGAUUCAUCAGGCUUGCAGCUGACGCUCGAACAACAAACCUGGGUCAGUUCGUUGGUUGCGAUUGGUGCCUUCUUUGGAGCUUUGCCCACCGGAUAUAUAGCUGAUGCGAUUGGCAGACGUUAUACCGCGCUGGUUAUGGAUGUGCCCUUUAUUGUGGCAUGGUUGGCGAUUAUCUUCGCCAAAUCGGCUGGCUGGCUGUACUUUGGACGUUUCGUAAUUGGUGUUUCGACUGGUAGCUUCUGUGUAGUUGCACCUAUGUACAUUUCCGAGAUUGCAGAGACGAGCAUACGCGGCACGCUGGGUACACUUUUUCAAUUGCUGUUGACCUUCGGUAUUCUUCUGGUUUAUCUUAUUGGUGCUGUGGUUUCGUGGACCACACUGAGCGUGCUCUGUCUGAUGGUGCCUAUUGCUUUGUUCAUUGGUAUGCUAAUACUACCGGAGACUCCCACCUAUUUGUUGAAGAAGGGCCGUCGUGGCGAUGCUGCUUUGUCACUGAAAUGGCUUUGGGGUCGUUAUUGUGACUCACGUUCGGCUAUACAAAUGAUACAAACCGAUUUGGAUCAGGCCGGCGCCGACGCCUCGUUUUUGGAUCUCUUCCGCAAUCGUGCCGCCCUCAAAGGUCUUAUCAUCUCCAUGUUGCUGAUGUUCUUCCAACAGUUUUCCGGCAUUAACGCUGUCAUCUUCUAUACCGUGCCCAUCUUCCAGUCGGCCGGCAGCACUUUGGAUCCUUCAGUUUGCUCAAUUAUUGUCGGUUUCGUGCAGGUCGUUAUGACAUUAACAUCUUCGUUUCUGAUCGAGCGGGCCGGCCGUAAAGUACUUUUGCUUUUUAGCAGCGCCAUGAUGACCAUUUGCCUCGCCAUUUUGGGUGUUUACUUCCAAAUGAAGGAUGGUGGUAAGGAUGUGUCGUCAAUUGGUUGGCUACCAUUGCUUUGUGUUGUGCUCUUCAUGAUCGUCUUCUCGAUCGGUUAUGGUCCCAUACCAUGGCUGAUGAUGGGUGAGCUCUUCCUGCCCGAUGUUAAAGCCACGGCUGUGGCGUUGACUGUCAUGUCUAAUUGGUUCUCAGUCUUCGUGGUGACCAAGUGCUUCGGUUCGAUGAUUACCGCCUGGGGUUCGGACAUGACUUUCUGGUUCUUCGGUUUUUGUACGCUCGCCGCGACACUAUAUGUGGCAUUCAUGGUGUUAGAGACCAAGGGACGCAGUUCUGCUCAGAUACAAAUGUGGCUUGGUGGCAACAAAUAAGGAAAUUAGGUAUCAGAAGUAAUGUAGAAAUACUAUUACUGUUUGUUUUUAGGGUUUUAGUAUUGUAAGUUUGUAAAUAAACGGUUAAGCUGAAGACAGUUCAUUAUUAGCUCGACCAGGUGUCGGAUAUUCGCUCAAUUCGAGUUUAAACGAGUAACGAAAUAAAAUAUACGUGUGUAUAUGUGUGUACUUCCGUUAUCGUUUAUAAACAGUUUAUUUAUAAUUUACAAUUAUGUAUUUUCAUAUAAGUAGUAUUAAUCUAUUAUAAUUGAUAAAUAUUUUAUGCUUGUACAAUUGUGCCCAGUCUUACAUUAAAGAGAUUUCUUUGUAGAUAUAUUAAUUAAUUUUAGUUUUUGUUAUUAAUGGAAGAGCUGCGGUAAAAAUAGUGAACCAUUGUUAUGUAAUAGUCGUUUUAUUGCCCUCAAUACAAUGUAGUAGAUAAUAAUACUUUGUAGUAGCAGUCCUAUAUUUUUAAGCGUGUGAUCCUAUAUAAAUAUAUUUCUGUAGCACUAAAUAAAGCUAAUUGAUACCAAAAAUUAUAAAAGGGG